AUGUUAGAUGAACUAUAUAAAGCAGAACGUGGAGAGAUGGAAAAGAAACUUCAAGCAAAAGAUGAAGUCAUUGAAUCCAAAGACAAAAGCAUACAGAAAAGAAUACCGCGUUCAGUACCAAAAGGAAAGGAAAAGAGUUAUAAGUAUAUGAUAUAUACUGAAGAGAUGGAAAAUGAAGAAGAUAAAGAUAUGGUUAUGUUGCAUUUAGUGAGAAGAAACAACAAGAGCUUUUAUGACUUAGCUAAGAUAUAUAAAUCUGACAGAAACUGGUUCUAUCGUGAAAACUUACCGAUUUCAAUGACACCGAAUGAGCAAAUAA